ACUUUUUAGCUUGCUUACGGUUCGCGUUUGUCAUUUCCGGAAACACAGGAUGUACGUCAUUGGACGAUUGAGUUCAUUGUUUUUACCUUUACUUGGGGAUCUCGAGUGUCACAUUAGCUGUUACAGUAAGUAGACCAUGAGUCUGCCAGCAGCUCCACCCAGCUAUGCUGAAGCUACAGCAGGAGAUAAAGAACAAGGAGCUGGUAGCUUCAGUUACGCUUCCCAGCCGCCCCCAAUGCCACCACCAACCAUGCCCAUGCACCCCAGCUGGGCUUAUGUGCAUCCCGGCCCUAGUCCAGGAUAUUCCAGCGCUUAUGCUGCAGACAUGUCCUCACCCUUCUCUGAUCCGAGCUCCGGCAGCAGCUUCGACGGCCUCAGUGGAAGCAACUGGGAGGACAAGAAUGUCCGCCGAAUGUUCAUCAGGAAGGUCUUCUGUAUCCUAAUGGUUCAGCUCAUGGUCACGUUUGGUGUGGUGUCGCUCUUUACAUUUUGUGAACCAGUCCGGAAGUUUGUACAGUACAAUCGGGUUUUCUAUCUGACCUCAUACAUGACUUUCAUGGGAACAUACCUGAUGCUUGUAUGCAGCACAAAUGCACGACGAAGAUACCCUACCAAUAUGAUCCUUCUAUCCAUUUUUACUUUGGCAAUGUCCUAUAUGGCUGGCAUGCUCGCCAGCUAUCAUAAUACCAAAGUGGUGAUGUUGAGUGUGGGCAUCACAGCACUGGUGUGUCUGGCCAUCACACUCUUCUGUUUCCAAUCCAGGGUUGACUUCACCACCUGUCACGGAUUACUUUUCUCUCUCAUGAUGGUUCUGAUGAUAACCGGGCUUCUGCUGUUCUUCACUGCACCAUUUGGAUAUAUACCCUGGUUGCAUACUGCUUAUGCUGGAUUUGGUGCUCUGGUUUUCACUCUGUUCCUGGCAUUCGACAUGCAGCUGCUGAUUGGCAACAGGCGAUACUCUCUGAACCCAGAGGAGCAUGUGUUUGGAGCCAUCUGCCUCUACAUGGAUGUGGUCUACAUAUUCCUCUUUUUCCUUCAGCUCUUUGGGAGCCGUGAGUGAGGUGUUCAUGCUAUGUCUGGGCUUGAGCCUUUGUCCUCUGUUACACACACACACACACACACACACACACACACCCCCCCUUCUCAGUUACUCCAAGGUUUGGUGAGGAGUGAACAGUCUUCCUUCAUUCUGUGUGGCAGUUAAAGUUUGAUGUGUGCUGUUGUUUUCCUUCUGGUCAUGGUUAGGCAGCUCUUUGCACACCUAGUAUGCACCCUUGCUGCAAGAUAACCAUACUACCAAUCAGAUAUACACAUGCUGUUCAGGGUAGACAAUCACUGCACAUCAUUUUUGUGAUUUGAAAUGCCCUUCAUCAGCAUUAAAAAAAAAAAAAAGUUUAGAAUUCCAGCAUUCAAUAAUGAGGAAAAAAAUCAAUGUGUGUUUGGGUGUGAUUUAGUGGGGAAUAUAGUGACUUGAUUAUUGUCCCCUUGUUUGCACGUUGUUUAGUUGAAAUGAAUCUUAAACCUCGCUGGCAGUCGCUAAAUGUGUAACAGUCCUUUCAACCUGAGUUUUGUCAAUCAGCAACAUUGUGCAGUGAAAUUAUACCAGAGGCAGAUAGGCCCAUAUGUGACACUUUGUUUUCCUCUUGUGCAAUAACAUGCUCUUGACUGGGGGACUGAAGCUUGACCUUACAGGAACUUGUUGUGGUCAGUAAAUAUUUUGUGCCUCUGAAUGCUGGAUGAUAAUGAGGUUUCAGUGCUGUUGUAUGGAGCCAGUGCAGAUUUAUGAAAAAUAUAUUGUGUGCCAAAUAUAACUCCUGUUAUGAGGUGAUGGCACUUGGUCCAACAGGUCAACUGUGAGGUCUUCAAUAUAUGUCUAUAUAUUCCCUGGUAAAUUAACUCAUGAGUAUGUGAUGCUUGGGAGUUUUUACUCAUUUUCAAGUCUCUUAAUUGCUUUUAUUGUAAUUUUCUAAUUCACCUUUAAGUAAAAUGUUUUAGAUGCUAUAGGGUUAGUUCACCCAAAAAUUAAAAUUCUGUCAUUUAUUACUCACCCUUGUGUCGAUCCACAUCUGUAAGACCUUCAUUCAUCUUCAGAACAAAAAUUAAGAUCUUUUUGAUGAAGUCAGAGAGGUUUCUGUUUCUCCGUAGAGAUCCAACGCAACUACCACUCCAAGGUCCAGAAAGGAAAAACAUCAAAAAAGUACUCCAUGUGACUCCAGUGGUUCAAUUUUAUGGAGUGACAUGAGUGCUUUGUUUGCAAAAAAAAAAAACAUAAUUUACCACAUUAUUUACAAAAUAACAUUAUCCAAAGCAUUCACAGAACAAUGUCAGCUCUCGCAUGAACACAAAACACGUGUCGUGAACACUCGCGUUGAUGUGAGAGUCUGAACCAAGCAGCAACCUCCCCGUUUCUCUUGAAGCCAAUACACUUAAACUGCAAUUCAUCGACUGGCCGCUAGGGACAAGCUCCAAAAGAGAGCAGAAUCUCAUUGAGCCCCAUGUUAAAAUGCCCAACUUUACAGCAGAAAAAACAUGU